CAAAUUCGUUUUAGUACUCGAUACAUGUCGUAAUUAUGAAAAAUAUUUAAGUAUCAAAAUGUAAGGACGAACGAUUUUUAGUUUUGACAUCCAAAUAUCGAUCUAUUCAAUGAGUAUAUUUUUGUAUCGAUUCCGCGAGCUUAAUAGAUAUAAAUAUGAAUAAUAAAAACGAUGGAUCCUCGUUUGGUUUUACUACAGCUGGUGGUAAUUCGAUCAGUGUGUCCGAGAAAGCUUUGUCGAAAGCAAAAAAACUUUUUGACGAAGUGAACGAAAUCGACAACUAUGAAGAAGCAUUCGAAGCUGAAAAUGAAAUUAAUGUGCUUAAUAUACAGGCGUCAACCGCUGGGUUUCAAACUGCAAGUGGUCAACACAUUAACGUGACCAAUGAAGCACUGUCAAAAGCAAAGGCAUUAUUUCAGGAAGAGAUAUCGAAAGAUUUUGAAACUGCUUUUGCGUUGCCCAAAGCAUUACAGAAACGAAAAAUUAAAGACGUGGAUGAUAACGCGUCUUUGAUUAAGUCAACAAAAUCUAACGAGUUUAAGAAGCUACGAUUCAGUCGUGAAUCUCAGAUUCCAAAAACUGCUUACAGGAACUCGAGGAAUAUCGAGAAGAAACAAAAUCAAAGCAAAUCUUUGAUACUUGCACAAGAGACUUUAAGUCAUGAUAUUGAAUUUAAAUUAAAUGAUGAUAUUAGAACAGAGUCGAACAGGCAAAUAGAUAACUCCUUAAUUUCGCAUGAAGUGGCUAGUGCAGUUGCACUUCUAACUGAUGAAAAGGAUUUAGAUUUCACAGAGCAGUUGAUGUCUCCUAAGGAGAAAAAAGCGGAUGAUGAAGUUGAGGAUAUUCCAUCUAGUCCUGUAAUAGGGGGACAAUUUAUUCUUAAGAAACGAAAGAGUAUAGACAGAAGAAAAAGUACAAAUAAAUAUAAACUAGACAAGCUUAAUAAGGAUAAUUCGGAGAAAUUAAAUAACAAUUGUGCAAGUUUAAAUCAAUGUAUAAACCCAACAGAAAAACAAGAUUCGACAAACGAAGAAAACCAGUGUGAAUCUGUUGUUGCCAAUGAUUUUGGUGACACUCAGUUAAUGAUAGACUUUAUUAAUCAAUCUAUAACUAUAUCACAGAAACGUUUAGAAGCUGCUAUAGAACAAGAUAAACAAAUUAGUUUAAAACAAAGGAAUAAACCGAAACCAACAAUAAGUAAAUUAUAUUUUCAUAGAAAAAGUAAUAUGAAAAAUCGUAUAUCAUGGAAAGAAAUUAGUAAAGGAGAAAAACCUAUUCCAUGUACAUAUGAAGAGAUUUUUAUGGGUGAGACAUAUUUUGGUCAACAAUAACUUUUUGUGCCUUAGAUAUUGGAUUACAAAUUUAAUAUUGUUUAGGCAAAGUAUUAUGGAAAGUAAUAUUGAUGGUAUAAAAUUGGAAGACGGAGCUUGCUUAAUUUUGGAUGAGAAUGGUUAUGUAGGAAUUAAAGAAAUUAAAAGAUCUUUUUUAGCAAGUCCAGGUGUAGAUCCUAAUCUAAUUCCUACUGGAUGGAUAGAAAAUCAUUACAGAUGGAUUGUAUGGAAAUUAGCAUCAAUGGAUAGAUUUGAAAAUAAUAACAAAGAGUACAAAUUUUAUAAUACUUAUACAAAGGGAUUGCUUCUUAGAGUGUUAACUCCUGCCAGAGUAAUGUUGGAAUUAAAAUACCGUUAUGAUAGAGAAAUUGAUAGAUCUCAAAGAUCAGCUUUAAGAAAAAUAUUGGAAAAAGAUGAUGUUGCAAUCAAAAGAAUGGUUUUAUGUGUGUCAUCCAUUACUGAAUGUGAUGACUCUAUUAUUGAAAAUAAAAGUCUAUUAAAACUACCAUUCAAAAAAUUGAUAUUAACAGAUGGAUGGUACAGUAUUCAAGCUUUAAUCGAUGAGGCAAUGAUGAAACACAUAAUUUCUGGUAAAGUAAAAGAGGGAACAAAAUUAUUAACGUAUGGAUCUGAAUUAUUAAAUUGUGAUCAAGGAUGCCCACCUUUAGAAGUUCCAAAGAAUGUAUGUUUAAAACUUCAUACCAAUUCAACAAGAAGAGCAAAAUGGGAUACAAAGUUGGGGUAUAUAGUACCAUCAGGACCAAUAUGCAUUAAAUUAAACACCAUUUAUCCAAAUGGUGGUUUAAUUGGGAAGAUUAAAGUUACAAUUGCAAGGGUAUAUCCAAUGUUGUAUCAUGAGAAAACUUCAUCAGGAGAAUCUAUUUUCCGAAACACCAGAUGCGAAGAAAAAGCUAACAUUAUUUAUGAAAAAGAAUGUCGAUCAAUGAUAGAAGCAUUUUAUGCGAAAGCAGAGAAAUAUUUUCAUACUGGAAAGAUUAAAGAUAAUGUAAAUACAGAUAGUAUCGAUUUAGCAGCGAUUGAAUGGAAUGACAAUUGCGAAAAAUUAUCUAAAGAGGAAUUUCUUUCAGAACAAGAACUUAAACAAUUAAUGAGUGAUUGUCGUAUGAAAGAAGAACAAUUUAGGCAAAAAUUAGAAUCUCGAUUACAAAAAAGCUUACCUCCGCCACGACAAGUUACACCGCUUUUAAAAAUUCGCGUAAUUGAAGAAGAAACAAAUGCUAUUCUUUCGAUUUGGUCUCCCAGCGAAGAAAUUUUAGGUAUUUUGAAAGAAAGAAAUUGCAUAUCAGUCUGUCAUGUUAUGCCUUCAGCAAAAAGUAGAGGUAAUGAAUUACUACUGACGGCAAGUCGAAGUGCAUUAUUUAGACAAGUAAAUGUAUCUAAUAAUAAUUUCCCUCGAAGAACGUAUACAGCAUUGUAUGAAAUAAGUAAGCCAAUUUUCUCUCCAGCCUACGGAGAAUUCGAUACAGUAGGAAUUGUUAUUUCUAUUGGAAACGAACCUUAUGGUAUGAAAAAUUUUCAAGCUGUAUAUCUGGCAUAUCCACACACAAAUUCUCAGUCUUCGUAUCUAUCAAUACUAUUUUGGCAUGGAAUAUCUUUUCAUGGAUAUGCAGAAAUUUUGACUGUAGGAUCUUUUGUUGCUUGUAGUAAUUUAGAAUGGCGACGAGCUACAUCAUGGAAUGUACCAAUGGCAUAUUGCACAGAACGAAGCAGUUUUACGCGCAAUCCCCGAGAUAGUCAUCUUCAGCAACCUUUUGAGGACUUGAAAUGUUUAAUAAUGGAGAAUAGUACAUAUAUAGAUACAUGUGCAGUAGAAAUUUCAGAAAAAUUACAAAAAAAAUCAAUAACAAGAAGUGUCGAUAAAAUUGGAUCAGAUGAAAAUAUUAAUUCUGACAUGCAAUUUAAUGAUCAUGCACCUCAAGAAUCUUCAAGAAGAAGUUUAAUGAGUAACCAACCAGCAAAAUCUAUUGCUAUACAAAAGCGGCUUGAGAAAUUACAAUCUUAUGGCGAACCAUCUAAUUUAUCUCCAAUUAUACUUAAUAAUAGCUCCAAACGAGUAUCAUUGGAGUUUCGAUCUCCUUUACGAUCAAGAAGUGAAAAAUAUACGAAAAUUACCUCAAAAUAUAAGAACUUCUGAAGUAACGUCAAAAGUGAAAAGUUUUCAAGAUAAUCAAAAUGAAUCAAGCGAUUACUUUGAACUACCAAGUUUACAAAAGAAGAAAACUUGGAGAGACGUCGAUGACAAUGCAUCAACUUGGGAUAGGAACAGUACUGCAACAGAUGUAUUUUGUACCACAGAGAUUGAAAAUAUUGCAACAAAGAAAGUUUUGGAGCAGUGGGAAGCUAUUGAAAAUACAUUGUAUGAAGAUGGUGAACAAGUAACCCAAACUGAUGUUUUAGAAGAGUGUAUACAAUGGAGAACACAAAUACCACACCUAAGAAUAGUAGGAAAAAAUACAUUCUUUUCAUCUAAAACUAAUUAUCAAAAUCUAAAUAUAAAUCAUAAUCAGAUAAAGAAUAAUUCUGAUACUAAUGUUGAAGAGGUAUUUCCAGAACAUAGUACUACAUUAAAGGAAAGAAAAAGUUCAUCGAAACAAAAAUUACAAAAAACAUCAGAAGAUGAAAUAUAUGAUUUACUUUAUGAAUAUGUAAUAUCUCAGCUGUUUCCAAAAAAAGAGGAUGAAAUUGAUUCAUUACAUGAUGAUUUCAAUGAUGUUUUACAUAUACGUGCAGCACCUAUUCACAGUAAUAAAAGUUCUGCGAAAAGUACAAAAGUAAAUUGGUUUGAGGAAACAAUUUCUCUUGAAAGUAGAUUUUCAAAUGUUAGCAAUAAAGGAGGAGAAGAUUAUGUUUUACCUACAAGAAAAGAAAUUGCUGAAGCAUAUACACAAGAAAUGCAAAAAAAAUACAAUAAUCCUAUGAGUAAUGACCGAAUAAAAAAUGAAAAGGAUGAAUCAAUCAUAGAAGAUAAGCUUUGUAGGCCACACACUAGUAGAAAUAAACUUGGAACUGUUUUUAAUGAAAAGAUUGUAGUUAGUCCUGUACCUUAUGCUUUGUCAACCAGAGAAAGCUUUUCUACUAUAAAAACUACUCCAGUCAAAUUCAUAGCACAGUCUCUAGAAGUUUCUACCUUUCAAGGCAUGUCACACUUUUUUUUAAUAUUAUGUAUUACUUCGAGAAAAAAUUCAGCUUCGUCAAAAAUUUCAAAUUACCAAUCUGCAUGGCAUACACCUGUUUCUCCUGCUGUGUGGCCAAAAAAUAUAAAGCUUGCUCCACUAGACAUGUCACGAUUUCCGAGUAGCAGAAAUAGGUCUUUAACAUCAUCGUCAGUAACAUUAUCUCGUAAAAAGAAACCUUUAAGUCCUAUUUCUCGAUCUACUCUGCCUGUACAAGUUGUUCAUAAUAAUAGUUAUGAAGGUUUAGAAAUUCAAGGGAGACACAUAACUCCUGGACAAUCUUCUAAGUUAAGCGCGCUUACUCCGAGUUUAGAAAAUGUUGGAGGUAAAAUUAGGAAGAAGAGAAGUCAAUCAAAAACAAAGUUACAAUGAAUCACAACUAAUUAUGUUAGUUGAAGAAACUAAUUUUAUAAAAUUAUUUUUAUCUUUGUAAGUUGAAAUUGUGUUUCAUUUAUUUACAAGAAUGAUAUCGCAAAAUGCCGUCCAUAUAACUGAAGGAAAAAAUCUUAUUUCCUUAUUUACAUUUAUUGCCAUUUCUAUUUAAAGCGAAUUAAUUACGUUUGUGAUAAAGUCAUGUACGAUAAAAAUUCUAUUAUUUAGUUUUUUAUAGAACAUUUAACUAA